GACAAGACACUGCAAAUGUCAUGUGAGACACUGCACUUUACACUUGGAAUACAGAUGGGUAAAAAAGGCAUCUCCAGCUCAUAUUGUUAGGAUAAGCCAUUCCCUGGUCGGAAGAGACAGCUCCACAGCUUGAGUGGGCUGGCCAUAAAGAUGGUAACCACUCGAAGCCAAAUGUUAGCGGUUCUGGCUGCGUUUCUGAUUGGUCCAGCCUCAACAACAGGAGGCGCUCUCACCCCGGGCCAAACCAUCAGGGUAAAUGCUCAUCCCUCGACAGAACUGGCCUUACGUUGUGGGGACAGAACGCAUACAGGCGUGAUCCGAUAUUGGCAGACCCCAUUCGGCCCACUCCGUAACCAUGGUAACCGCGGCGACCUUGACCCCGCUCUUUCCAUGCUAAGCGACGGGAGCCUCUUCAUAGCCAACGUCAGCGUUCACCAUAGCGGCCUCUACUAUUGCCUCCUAGUGGCCAAGAGCAGAACUACACUCUGGCCUUACCAGGUCAACAUUGGUUUACAAAACAGUCCUGACCGACAAAUGGCACCGGGAAGCUCGACCAAGCCAGGCUUCAGACAGGAUCCGGUCCAGUCGAGAUCCAGGAAGGACCCGUCUGGCUCGGGGAAGGCAGGUGUUACAAACAGUGUGUUUGUUGGGGCAGUGGUGGCGUCGGUGCUGCUGACCUUCGUGGUGGGCUUCAGUGCCGGAGUCCUGAGCCAGCCCCAAGUCCUCAGGUGUCUGCGGGUCGUCUCCGGUAAGAUCCAAUCACUACGACGAGGACCACCCACCGGGCGUGGCUGCCAGGUGACCAUGACAACCCUGGAGGUCCCAGACGACAGCGGUGUUUUCUACGAUGACAGCGACUCAGCCCGGGGCGAGACCACCCUGGACUCCACGCGCUCCUCCAGCCCACCGUGGCCCCCCAAGCCCCAGAGGAGCUGCCGGCACAAGAGCGGGGAGCAGCCGCGGGCCGCCGCACCCCUGGAGGGGCGGGGUCUAGCCCAGGAGGAGGUGCAGAGGACGAGAGCCGGGGAGGGGGAGGAGGAGGCGGAGAAGAGGAUGAAGGAGAGGAAAGAGGGGGAGCCAGAGGAGGGAUGUGUGGAGGCGAGGAGAGAGAGCAGGGGAAAGGAGAAGGAGUUGGAGGAGAGGAGAGACAGCAGGAAGGAGGAGAAAGAGAUGGAGGAGAGGAGAGACAGCAGGAAGGAAGAGAAAGAGAUGGAGGAGAGGAGAGACAGCAGGAAGGAGGAGAAAGAGAUGGAGAGGAGAGACAGCAGGAAGGAAGAGAAAGAGAUGGAGGAAAGGAGAGACAGCAGGAAGGAUGAGAAAGAGAUGGAGGAGAGAGAGAGCAGGAAGGAGGAGAAAGAGAUGGAGGAGAGGAGAGACAGCAGGAAGGAAGAGAAAGAGAUGGAGGAGAGGAGAGACAGCAGGAAGGAGGAGAAAGAGAUGGAGGAGAGAGAGAGCAGGAAGGAUGAGAAAGAGAUGGAGGAGAGGAGAGACAGCAGGAAGGAGGAGAAAGAGAUGGAGGAGAGGAGAGACAGCAGGAAGGAGGAGAAAGAGAUGGAGAGGAGAGACAGCAGGAAGGAGGAGAAAGAGAUGGAGGAGAGGAGAGACAGCAGGAAGGAGGAGAAAGAGAUGGAGGAGAGGAGAGAGAGCAGAGAGAAGGGGAACAGAGAGGGGGAGAAAGAUGAGAAGGAGGUGGAGGAGCGGCUGAAGGAGAGGAGCAGAGUGGGGGAGACGGAUGAGGUGGGGCAGCUGAUAGAGGAGAGGAGCGAUAGGAGGGCAGAGGAGGAGAACACAGAGGGAGAGCCAGGGGAGAAGGAGAUGGAGGAGGUGAUAGUGGAGAGGAGAGGCAUCAGGGAGGGGGAGGCAGGGGUAACUAGGGAGGAGAGCAGGGCAAGUGGAGAACGGUCUCCAACGGUAACCAUAACCGAGGGCAGCAGCGAAGCAGGAGGAAGAGGAGGGACAGGGAGGAAGAGCAACGGCAUGGCAGAGGGGGAGGAGGUGGUGGUGGAGGGGCCGAUGGAGACCGCCAGCACUGGAGAGGAGCACCAGGAGGAGGGAGGGGGCGAGGGGCACGGCGACGACUCCUCAGAAGACGACAACAGCGACUCGUCCUCAGACGCACAGGACGAGGAAAAGCGUGAAAAGGGAAAGGAAGGGAGGGAACAAGUGAACGAAAACGACCGAGGAGCCGAGGGCACACCCAGGUCGGGCGUCGCCCGAGGCCGGAGGAGCCGCGUGAUUCGCCUGUACCAGUACGACGACGAGGGCCAGAGGUACAGCCACCUGCCUAGCCCCGCCUCCAUCGAGUUAGACCCCGCCCCGAGGCUCAAACAGCGCUCGCUGUCACUGACACGUCUCAGCUCCAUCAUGGCCGCCGCUACGGCCGGCCCCCUGACUCUCCCCAGUGGGGGGCCGGGGUUGGAGGAGCGAUGUCCCAGCCCCCCCUUCUCCCCAGCUCCUUUCUUCAACAUGGAUUUAUAAAACCAGAGCUGCUUUUGACUUCAGUGACAGGCCGAGGUCAGGCACCGUCAGCCCCGCUUACUGCUGGCCGUCCACACCGGUCUAGUACAGCACGUCUUGUUUAAGUUGACCAAUGUUUAUCCAUUAUGGAGAGAAUGUGCCUUCACAGGAAAAUUCGAUUGAGCACUAUGAUGAUAAUUUACUUAUUAAAAACGAGCAUGGCAAGAAUU